AUGCGUUACACUUUCAUCACUCCCGUCCUUUUGGCGGUCACAGCACUCGCUGUCCCCAUUCCUAAUCAGGAUGGUCUGAUCGGUGAUACUGGCAUUGCGGUUAACAUUGGCGGUGACAAGACCCUUGGUGUUAUCAAGCGUGGUGAUGGCGGUGGUCAAGAUGACUCUGACUCCGGCUCUGGUCUUAUCGGCAAGCUCGGUGCUGCUCUGAAUAUCAACGGCGGCAAGACCAUCGGAGUUAUCAAGCGUGGUGAUGGUGGUGGUGAUCAUGAUGACUCCGACUCUAGUCUUAUUGGCAAGCUUGGUGCUGCUAUCAAUGUCGGCGGUGACAAGACCAUCGGAGUUAUCAAGCGUGGUGAUGGUGGUGAUCAUGAUGACUCUGACUCUAGUCUUAUUGGCAAACUUGGUGCUGCUAUCAAUAUCGGUGGCGCAGAUACCAUUGGAGUUAUCAAGCGCUCCGAGUAG